UGGCUGUCACAGCCGGGGUGCAGCAGCUGCUCCUGCUGGAUCGGGGCGGCCACUCCGUCACCUUUUCACUUUAACCCACACGUUUAAUCCUCAUUUCAUACAGUCCGUGGUUUGAUCAGAAGGUUCCGGAGGCGGAAGGCGCCAUUUUAAAGUUCGCUCUGCUGGAUUCACCAUCUGAUCCUGAUUAACACCGACCCGGGAGGAGGAGGAGGAGGAGGAGGAGCAGCGGUCAGCUGAUCCCACAUCCUGUUUGGAUGUGAACUCUGUCAUUAGCUUCACUUUAGGUUUUACUGCUGUGGGUCGAUAGUGGAGCUGCAGAGUUUGUGUCCUCAGUCAGAUCAGUUAGGUGGAGUCAGACAGACACAGAGACAGGUAGGAGGACAGACAGGGGUACCUGAUGGGGAACAGUGCGCUGAAGUCUCACCUGGAGACCUCCCAGAAGACGGGGGUGUUCCAGCUGACGGCGAAGGGUCUGCAGGAGUUUCCGGAGGAGCUGCAGAGACUCACCGGCAACCUGCGGACGGUGGAUCUGUCCGGGAACAAGAUCGAGGUUCUUCCCGCCGCCGUCGGAAACUUCCUGCAGCUCAAGAGUCUGACGCUCAACUCCAACAGACUCAACUGCAUCCCCCCCGAGAUCUCCAAGCUCAAGAAGCUGGAGACUCUGAGUCUGAAUGGAAACCGGAUCCAGCAGCUGCCCCCCACUCUGGGCCAGCUCAAAGCUCUGCGGACCCUCAACCUGUCCGGGAACCAGAUCUCGGAGUUCCCCGCCGGACUGGGAACCCUGAGGCAUUUGGACCUGCUGGACCUGUCCCGCAACCAGAUCCGCAUCGUCCCCGCAGAGGUGUCGGAGCUGCAGGCCAUUGAGAUCAACCUGAACCAGAACCAGAUCUCCGUGCUGUCGGCGGAGGUGUCUCGCUGUCCCCGUCUGAAGGUCCUGCGCCUGGAGGAGAACUGCCUGGAGCUGUCCUCCAUCCCGCAGUCCGUCCUGAAGGACUCCCAGGUGUCUCUGUUCUCUCUGGAGGGAAACCUGUUCGAGGUGAAGAAUCUCAGAGACCUGGAGGGAUACGACAAGUACAUGGAGCGUUUCACGGCCACCAAGAAGAAGUUUGCUUGAAGACGCUCAAUGACGAGUCUGAGCCUCAGUGCGUCACCUGGAGGCGGAGUCAGCCAAGACCCCACCCACCACAGCUGCUUCUUCUUCUGCUGCUAAAAACAGACCUCACACAGCCGGGACAGUCCUCCUAACAGCCCCCCCACCCCCACCCAGGCUGCUGGACUGCGACAAAGUGGGUCAUUAGUCAUAUAACAAAGACCUGCUAACAGACACUAAGACACAGACAGACAGACAGAGAGAGAGACAAAGACACCGAGAGAGAGAGAGAGACAAAGACACCGAGAGAGAGAGAGAGACAAAGACACCGAGAGA